AUGAAACGAUAUGGCAGGGAGACGGGUAGUAGGAACGCACUUCUAUGCUUACAUUUUCAUGUUGGUAUGGCCUACGUUCUAACAGUCCUCACCAGUAAAGUAAGUUUUUUUAGAAAAAAAUCCCGAUUGAUAUUCGAAAAGGCAUUUUCUGAGGGUAGAGCCCGCAUGACAAAGAUCUUUGAAUAUGAUAUAAGAAUUCAAGACCUGUGUUUUCAUAAAUUGUUACAGCUAUAUGAGUUCACUUUAUGGACGACAUACCGUAAUCCAUGUGAUAUGUUCCCUUCACGGAUCGCAUACACCAUCUACGGUAUCGCCGAAAUGUACUGCUUGAUGCAUAUGCUCAGCUUGCAAUUUGUGAUAAGUAUCGAACGCACUGUGGCUACCAUUUAUGUGGAUACCUAUGAGUCUUGUAGAAGGACUUUUGCCAUAUUUUUCGUAACUGCUACGGUACGUUAUUUGGUUCUCAAAUCUAGAAAUUUAUCUGAUUCCUUGAACUCAAUAAUGGAAAUCCGUGAAAAUUUGUUUCCUUUUAACCAUGGCAUUAGAAAAACUGUAGAAAGCUUCUUCACAUAG